CGAAUGAUCAUCAAAGAGUCAUACAACUGCAUUUACCGCCUGUCUGGGCUGGAUUGCUGUCUAUCUAUCUACCUACCCACAUCGUCGCUAAGGAAUAGAUACUUCUCGAGGGGAGCCGAUGGAAAGAACACUCCGAUGUGACCCACGAUAUAGAUAGGCAUACGUAGAAAACACCCGGUGUACGCCUAGUAAGUGUUCGAAGAACCCAUGUUACCCGCUAGCCGGCCUAUCCCUCGAGCCCGCUACUAGGAAAACGGGAAUCCAAUCUGAUAAUACAAGCUUACCUAUCGAAUUCGGGACCAUGUUGAGCGACGCCAGACCUUCCCGAGCCAUGCCAUGCCUGGACCUGGCCCUGGGCCUGCUCCUUGCAUGCCCAUGCAAUGUAACGGCGAACCUGCAGAUUCAUCACAACACGGCCAGGGUAACAACAGAACGGCGGACCAACGUCGACAAAAGGCGGCUUGCCUUGCCUCCAGCUGAAAGAGACCCCGAAAACACCAUAAGACUAGAAUAG